AUGGCGUCAUCUUCGAGCCAAAGGGCUUCUUCCGAGAAUUCAGGGUAUAGUUUAAGCAUGAGAACUUGUGGUGCGGAAGGAUUUAGAGGAAUGCCGAGAACUUGUAUUUGUGGAAGCUCCACUUGGAUAAGAACUUCAGGAACCUCAAAAAAUCCAGGAAGAUUAUUCCAUUGUUGUCCUAAUCGGACUGAAAAGGACAACUACCAUUUGUUUAAAUGGACUGAUGAAGGAAUGGUAGAAGAAAUUGAAGACAUGAAGAAAGAGAUUAAAGAUAUGAAGAAGGAGAUUGAAGAUAUGAAAAACAACAUGGAUUCUCUGAAAACCGAGAUACAAGGAUGUGAGAAAGAAAUGAAGGAGUUGGUGCUUACUUUUGUUUUUGGGUUUAGGGAGCUCUAUGUGUUUGGCUUCCUGUGUUUUUAG